ACGAAAUUUCAUUUCCUGGCUUUUCUUCCAAAAUAUUAUUUUGCAAUCAAUUUUCAUCCUCAAAAGCAUCGAAUUCGAAACAAAUUGAUAUUCAAAUUGUGCAGUUAUGUAGCUAGAAUAUAUCUAAAGCUGUCUAGGACAUUUCAGUUAUGUCUCUUGUAAGACCAGACGUUGGAAAGGCGGGGACGACCCAUGUAAAUUUUUCCUGCCAGAGAUGUCGUCAGCCUUUGAGACUGGACCAUUCAUUCAACUCUGUUGACAGGACCUACUUCACUGAAGUUUCAGCUCCUUUGGCAAAUCAAAAUGAUAGAGAAGACACAGUGGACCUCAUCCCUGAGGCCGCACAGACAGGGUUUGUCACAGAAGGGGCGUCUCGACGCACAAUCAAACCACUUCGACUUGUCUCUGUUGAGAGCGGGAAUGACUUCACACUCCUUGGGGUCUCUGAUGGUGGAAACAUGGAAAACUUGAGUCACAGAUUAAAGGUGAUGAGCUACCUAUUUGAUGUGAUGUCAGGCCAGUCUGAGGUGGACCAUCCACUUUGCGAGGAAUGUACAGACACCCUCCUCGAUCAGUUGGAUCAGCAGCUAAGAAUUACUGAGGAUGAGUGUAAGGAAUACAGGGACUUCCUAGAGAAACUUGGAACAAACCAAGAGACUGUUGAUGAGGCUGCGUUAGAUUCGGAGCUAGAGCAGCUCCGGUCAGAAGAAAAGGCAUUAGAUCAACAACUCGAAAGUAUCGAGUCGGAGCGUCUUCAUCUGGCCGACCAGCUGCAGCAGGAGAAGGAGGAGUCUAAGCGACUGGAGGAGGAGGAGUCAUGCUAUUGGAAGGAGUAUAAUGAGUACAAGAGACAGUUGUUAGAUUUGGAGGAGUGCCAAAGAAGUGUUGACAACCAACUCAGAUACGCCCAAGCACAACUUGAUAAAUUGAAGAAAACAAAUGUGUUCAACGCUACAUUCCAUAUAUGGCACAGUGGUCACUUUGGCACCAUCAACAACUUCAGGCUGGGUAGGCUGCCAAACGUCCCGGUUGAAUGGAAUGAAAUCAACGCCGCCUGGGGGCAGACUGUGUUACUACUCCACUCGUUGGCAAAGAAGAUGAACCUGACGUUUCAGCGCUACCACCUCGUGCCAUAUGGAAGUCAUUCCUUCCUCGAGUCGCUGACAGACAAGUCGAAGGAACUGCCACUGUACGGAUCGGGGGGGAUUCGUUUUUUCUGGGACACAAAAUUUGACCACGCGAUGGUCGGAUUCUUAGACUGUCUGCAGCAGUUCAAAGAGGAGGUAGAAAAGGGUGACACACAAUUCUGUCUGCCGUACAAGAUGGAGAAGGGGAAGAUCGAGGAUGCCAGCACUGGGACUUCUUAUUCAAUAAAGAUUCAGUUUAACUCUGAAGAACAGUGGACCAAGGCUUUGAAGUUCAUGCUGACGAAUCUGAAGUGGGGACUGGCUUGGGUCUCAUCACAAUUUGCCAAUAAGUAAAGGAGAGGAAGAUGUGUUUUUUCGGUGCCAUAAUAGGGUCUGUAAACAUUUUCAGCGCUACUGUUUCACCCCCAACAUCCCCUUUUCAGACCUCAAGGGAAAAAAAUCUAUCCGCAAUAACUAAUAAGGUUUUUGCAAUAGCUUCCCCAAGACCUGAGCUUGCUGAAUCAACAGAAAAAGGAUUACUGCACCCACUAGCUGUAUUUUAUUUUUUUGGUUGAAAAGUGACUAAAGGUGACCAAAAUGACCCCCAUUUCUGCACACCCUUAAGGCCCCUCUGGUCUCCAGCUCCACAUUCAUAUUGAGGAGAUUCUCUGAAGCUAUCAAAAGCGCUGUGCUUGUUUCGCUUCCCACGAUAGUUGGUCAUUUUACCAAUUUGGAUGGAAAAAUGCUUCUGCUGUGUGCCCUGCCCCCUCCGGGUCAAUGUGGCACAGCCUUAGACUUAAAAAUCAGGUUAGAUAAUGUUAGUUAACAACACAUGUAUAAAGAAUUUUUAUGAAUUUGAUGAUGAUGAAUAAGUGUGUAAAUUUUGUAUCAUACCUUGUACAAAAAUAAAUCUGUCAUAAAUUAUGUAAACUUCUCAUUGAA